UCCUCCACGCGCCGCCCCUCCCCGGGGCCAGGCCGCUCGGCUGCAGAGGCGCGCCUCCGCGAUGAGUGCUCCUCUCCUUCCCGCCUCCGCGCGCCGCCUCCGCCCUCCAGCCGGAGCCCCGCUUCGCCGCUCACGCUCACCGGCAACUCUGGCUCUGGUAACGGCUCCUCGCGCCACUCAGCCGCUCCCGCCGAUACCUCAAGCAACUAGAAUGUUCUCCGACUUCCGCUUCCGGGUCGUCUUAUGAGCCGCUUUAAAAAAAAAAAAAAAAACCCAAAUUGGGCAUGUCUAGCCACCCAGAGCCAUAGAGUGGAGGCGCAACCGCUCCCCACGGCGCCCACAAUAGUGGUUGUUUUCCGGUCCCUCACAGGAAGCCGCGCUGCUUUUUAGGGUCUUGUUUCUCCGGCCGCGCCUCCCAUCUGCGAGACCGAGGCCUCCGAGGAGAAUACGACCAUCAUUUUCCUGACCAGCACCCGGAACGCAAAGACGUAGGUCUGCCUGACCUGGUCGAGGGAAGAGUUCAAGGACCGGACAAGGAGGGGCGGGGCAUCCGGAGGCUUCCGAGAGCCCCGCCCCGGAAGUGCAAAUCCCGCGGGGUCCUCACACAGUCCGGUCUAUAGCAAGCCCGCUGACGGGAGCUGGGGACACCGGAGGCCGAGGCCGAGCGUCCAGACGGGCGCUGCCGUGGUGGCCGCCUGCAGGUCGCGUUCCUUCGGUUGUGUACUCCGUCUUGAAGUCCGCCUGCAGACCGGGGCUUGCUGGUGUAACGCCGAGCGGGGUGAGGUGGCUGCUUCCCUGAAAGCAGUCCUGGCUUCUAAGACUGCCAUCCAAAUAACUCUGGAAGAAGAGCUGACAGCCUCCACGUCCUAACAACCCUGGACAGCGCCCAGUAUGUCUCAGGCCACUAAGAGAAAGCAUGUGGUGCAGGAGGUGCUGGGGGAGCACAUGGUGCCCUCGGACCAGCAGCAGAUAGUGAAGGUCCUCAGGACUCCUGGGAACAAUCUACAUGAGGUAGAGACAGCACAAGGGCAGCGCUUCCUGGUGAGCAUGCCCUCCAAAUACCGCAAGAACAUCUGGAUCAAGAGAGGGGACUUUCUCAUUGUUGACCCAAUUGAAGAGGGAGGAAAGGUGAAGGCGGAGAUUUCUUUCGUGCUCUGCAAGAACCAUGUACGCUCCCUGCAGAAGGAGGGCCACUGGCCUGAGGCCUUCUCCGAGGUAGCUGAGAAACAAAAUAACAUAAACAGACAGAGUCAGCCUGAACUUCCCGCUGAACCACAGCUGUCAGAAGAAUCUGGUUCUGAAGAUGAUUCUGACCUCUUUGUCAACACCAAUCACAGACAGUAUCAUGAGAGUGAGGAGGAGAGUGAAGAAGAGGAGGAGGAAGCAGCCUGAACCAGAAGGGUCCACUUCUCUACUUGCUCAGGGACUAUCCCUUGGCUUUUCUGGGCUUGGACAUUCCCAGGGUGCCCUGCAGAUCUUUUCUUUUGGAUGGGGACGAGGCAUGGCCCCUUUCUGAACUGACCUAGAAGAAUUAAACCCCUGGUGGGUGCUGACUCAA